GAGUUGGCAACACUGUUCCCAGCAGCAGUGUGAUUUCAGACCAACCCACCAGCUGCUACUGCUGCAGGAGGAGUGCGUGCUGCCCACUGACAUCCUCAUGCUACAUCCGCCACAGAACGACACCCACACUGAUCUCACCACGAAACAAGAUGCCUCUGCCCGUUCAGGUGUUUAACUUCCAGGGGUCUGUGGAGCCAAUGCAGAUUGAUGCAGACCCCCAGGAGGACCAGCAGAAUGCUCCAGACACCAACUACAUAGUGGAGAACCCAACACUGGAUCUAGAGCAGUAUGCAACCAGCUACAGUGGAUUAAUGCGCAUUGAGAGGCUUCAGUUCAUCGCUGAGCAUUGCCCUCAGCUGCGGGUUGAAGCCUUGAAGAUGGCCCUCACCUUCGUCCAGAGGACCUUCAAUGUUGACACAUAUGAAGAGAUUCACCGCAAACUCACGGAGGCCACAAGGGAGGUCCAAGGUGUGCCGGACACAGUGCCUGAAGGUGGGGCUGUUCCUCCUCCCUUAGAUUCAGCGUGGGCCGAGUCUACACGGAAAAAGGCUCUGCUUAAACUUGAGAAGCUGGAUACAGAUCUUAAGAACUACAAGGGAAAUUCUAUUAAAGAGAGCAUCAGGAGGGGCCAUGAUGAUUUGGGGGACCACUACCUGGACUGUGGUGACCUCAGUAACGCCCUCAAGUGCUACUCCCGAGCCAGAGAUUACUGCACCAGUGCUAAACAUGUCAUUAACAUGUGUUUGAAUGUCAUCAAGGUUAGUGUUUACCUCCAGAACUGGUCCCAUGUACUGAGCUACGUCAACAAGGCAGAAUCCACGCCAGAGAUAGCAGAGCAAAGAGGAGAGCGAGAUAGCCAAAAUCAAGCAGUCCUCACCAAAUUAAAGUGCGCUGCAGGCCUUGCAGAAUUGGCCUCAAGAAAAUACAAACCAGCUGCCAAGUGCUUUCUGCAGGCGUCCUUUGACCACUGUGACUGUCCAGAGGUGAGUUGCGGUCAGCCAGUGGGUCCAAUGCUCCUCUCACCCAGUAAUGUUGCCGUGUAUGGGGGUUUGUGUGCUUUGGCCACGUUUGACAGACAGGAGCUCCAGCGCAACGUCAUCUCCAGCAGCUCCUUUAAGUUAUUUCUAGAGUUGGAACCUCAGAUCCGUGACAUCAUCUUCAAGUUCUAUGAGUCGAAGUACGCGUCUUGCCUGAAGCUGCUGGAUGAAAUGAAGGAUAACCUCCUGCUGGACAUGUACCUGGCCCCGCAUGUCAAGACACUGUACAGCCAGAUCAGGAACAGAGCCCUCAUUCAGUAUUUCAGCCCCUACGUGUCAGCUGACAUGACUAAGAUGGCUCAGGCCUUCAACACCACAGUAGCAGCUCUGGAGGACGAGCUCACCCAGCUCAUACUGGAGGGGCUAAUCAAUGCACGGAUUGACUCCCACAGCAAGAUUCUGUACGCAAGGGACGUGGACCAGAGGAGCACCACGUUUGAGAAGUCACUGCACAUGGGCAAAGAGUUCCAGAGACGAGCCAAAGCCAUGAUCCUCCGAGCUGCUGUGCUGCGCAACCAGAUCCACGUCAAGUCUCCACCCAGAGAAGGCAGCCAGGGUGAGCUGACACCAGCCAAUAGCCAGACCAGGAUGAGCACCAACAUGUGAAGAGGAUGUCCUCUUCAUCGUCUGCACGCUGACUCUGCUGAAUGAGAGGAAUCACCCAAACAACAACCACCCCAUCCUCAGUUUCUCAGCUGAAGACAGAAGCGACACAAUAUAAAGACUCUAUAGUUCUCUGUUGAUCUUUUGUCCCUGUAUGAAGAUACAGGGAAUGAAACCUUUUGUUAUUCUGAUUUUGUGGAGGUUUUGGACGAGAUGAAAAUGUUCUUUGAUGGAAGUGCAGCACUUGUGCUGCAGGUUUACUUGUAGGCUAAGCACUUUUUUCUGCUCACACACGAUUGAGGCCUCAUUAACACAAACAAGGAUUUAAAAUAAAAACGCCUGCCGAAACGUA